GCUGUCCCCUCACAGAGAGCUGUCAUCCAGGCCUGAAGAGGAAGCUCAGCACUGGAGUCCUGAAGAGUCUGUUAUUGAUGGAAUCCAGCAGGAAAGUGCUGUCCAGGAGCUGGACAAGCCUGAGGAAAAAGAGGAGCCUAAACCAUCCACUCCCUCCCCAUCUGACCGCAGCACAUAUCCCGAUGGAGAGGACUGCGUGAGGGAUGAGAGCGGCGCUGUCCCUCAGGAAGCCGGACCACAGCCUCAGACUUUCACUGAGUCAGAAGCAGAAGUACAGGCUUCAGAGACUCUGACUCGGACCCAGACGGAUGGAUCAGUGAGCGGACAGACAGCCGAGGAGAAAACAGCGUGGAGUGGCCAUGACGGUGGGGGAGCAGUGUGCAUCGAGGUGGACACCCAACAGGUGGAGCCUGCAGCAUGGAGGUCAUCUGGAAGCAAGAUGCUGCAGUGUGUGCUGUCCUCUGUUCAGUCCUUGGUGCAGAUUCCAUUUCUCAGGUCAGCAAGUUCAAGCUGAGGGAAAAAAAAGAGGAGGCUGAGCAAGUUUGUCCACCACGCAAAUUGAUACCACGCGGGACGCCGACAGGGGUCCUGACUGUACACCUCAAGACCUGCAGCGCCUUCAGCAAAAAUGCUCCUGUGAAGAAAGGCACUUGGGCUACUGUGCGGGUCACUAUUGGGGGAAUGGUAAAGUACUGUAUGCAGCAGCCCUACAGCGACCCCAUGUGCUUCAACGAAUGGAAGCACUUUUCCCUACAGAUACAGGAGGAGGUUUUCGGGGUUAAUCAGUCAAGCUUAAUGGUGGUGGAGCUGAUCAUUUCUGAGCCUGACACAGCUGCCCUUAGAAUCAUAGGGAGAGGCAGCAUCAAGCUGCAGGAAAUCCUUAAGAAAUCUUCAGUCAGCCACCAGUUUGACUUGAGGCUUGGACGACAGAAAGUUUGCAAGUUGGAUGCAGAGCUGGCGUUCACCUACGGCUCUUUGGGCUAUGGAUACUCUCCCCAGAUCAAACAUGCAGGAAGAACAAUGGAGAAUCUAGUGGAGAAUUCCCUUUCCCCGCUGCCCUCCUGAUCAAGAGCAAAGAGAUCCAUAUUGUAAUGUGAUAACCCCCUCCACGCUGCCCGGAUUAGACAUCAUUCCCUCUGUGAUGCAGCAAGAUACACCAAGAGGCACAGAGUCCAGGAUAUCUGCUGGCCUGAUGGACCGCAUCCAGAGGAGAGACAGGUUGUCGCAGCUACGUAAAGGUCUGGAGGAGUGUGAGACAGGAGAGGACAGGGUGCAGUUUCUGGAGAAACUCAUUCUGAGGAAGAGUUUUAGCACCAGCUAUCCCAGCAGAAAGAAUGGCGGCUUCUAGGUCGUGUCUAAAUAGAGAAGGAGAAGAGCGACGAGGACGAUGAGGACGACAGAACUACAGUGGAAACAACAAAAACAGCAAACAACAAUAAAGAAUUGGAUUUCCACAAAUAAAAGUGAUGUUCUGCUUGUUUUUUAG